UCACUUUCUCCUGCUGUCUGCACGGCGGAGCCGCUGCCGCUGACCCUGAAUAACAUUCACAUUUGUCAUUGGAAAGAAGAUGGGAGACAAGUUUUGCUUCGUUUUGCACACAUGUUCCUUCCUUCUGUUUCUCCUGCCAGGAGGCUCCUGUUCAGAUGCAGAGCACAGGCUCUUCUCUGUCAUAUUCUCCACCUACAACCAGUACAUUCGGCCGGUGGAAAACGUGACCGACCCAGUGGUUGUACAGUUUGAGGUGUCCAUGUCGCAGCUGGUCAAAGUGGAUGAAAUCAAUCAAAUCAUGGAGACAAAUCUGUGGCUGAGACAUAUCUGGAAUGAUUAUAAACUCAGAUGGAAUCCAAGGGAUUUUGGAGGGGUUGAGUUUAUCCGUGUGCCAUCCAACAGGAUCUGGAAGCCAGACAUUGUCCUCUAUAACAAUGCAGUCGGAGAUUUCCAGGUUGAUGACAAAACCAAGGCCCUGCUUCGUUACAAUGGUGAUGUCACGUGGAUCCCUCCAGCCAUAUUCAAGAGCUCCUGUAAGAUCGAUGUCACUUACUUCCCCUUCGACUACCAAAACUGCACUAUGAAAUUCGGCUCCUGGACGUACGACAAGGCCAAAAUCGAUCUGGUGCUGAUUGGCUCCACUAUCAACCUCAAGGACUUCUGGGAGAGCGGCGAGUGGACAAUAAUCGACGCCCCUGGUUACAAACAUGACAUAAAGUACAACUGCUGCGAGGAAAUCUACACCGAUAUCACAUACUCUUUGUAUAUCCGCCGCCUGCCGCUUUUCUACACUAUCAACAUGAUCAUUCCCUGCCUUCUCAUCUCCUUCCUCACAGUGCUCGUCUUCUACCUGCCGUCUGACUGCGGCGAGAAAAUCACUCUGUGUAUCUCCGUCCUGCUGUCUCUCACUGUCUUCCUCCUCGUCAUAACGGAAACCAUCCCCUCCACCUCGCUUGUCAUCCCCCUGAUUGGCGAGUACCUCCUUUUUACUAUGAUCUUUGUCACCCUCUCUAUAGUCAUCACUGUUUUUGUGUUGAACGUCCACUACCGCACGCCAAAGACCCACACUAUGCCCUGCUGGGUGCGGACUGUGUUCUUGGGGCUGCUGCCCAGGGUGAUGUUCAUGACGAGGCCAGAGAGGGACCCCGAGAAGGUGGCAGCAGUCUGCAGUGUUCAGACGAUGCAUUCAAGGCCCUGUGCCAUACAUUCGUCAGGUACUUUGCAGAAGCAGCACAAACCUCAGGCCCUGGCCUCCAGCGUGGUGUCCAGCCUGACAAGCCGCCAACGGAUUUUCAACAACACAGAGCUCUCCAAUCUCAAUAACUUAAGUGGAGACACGGGCAAAGGUGCAGGCUCUGCGUUCUUGUGCGGCGAGGGGCGAUGCAACUGCUGCUGGCACCAGAGAUCCAGCAAACUGCCUGCAGACUCUGGGGGAGGGAGCGGAGGACUGGGCAGCCUGGGGGCGCUGACCGGAGGUAGUGCUGUUGGGGUCGGAGGGGAGAGUCAGUGCUCCAGCUCCGAGUCUCUGGAUGGAGGAAUAAUGUCUCUGUUGCCGCUGUCCCCUGAGGUCAGGGAGGCGCUUGAGAGUGUAAAAUACAUAGCAGAGAACAUGAAACUACAAAAUGAAGCAAAAGAGGUUCAGGAUGACUGGAAAUACGUUGCCAUGGUUAUCGACAGGAUUUUCCUCUGGGUUUUCGUCCUAGUGUGCAUCCUGGGAACAGCCGGCCUCUUCCUCCAGCCUCUCUUACUCGGAGAUGACAUUUGAAUCAGUUUUAUAAAUGAAAUACUUUAAUACUGUUGAACUGAACAGCGUUCAUUGCAUUAAAGAUUCUUGCCCAGGCUCAGACAACGCAGAGUGGAUCCAAAGUCAAGAAGGAACGAUGACUGUGUCUGCCAAAUGUUGAUGCAAAUGGCGUAGUGACUGUGUUUUCACAGAUGGAGUAGAUCAUUUCUGUGUGAGGAGGAUGUUUAAGGACUCUCCAAUGUAGUCCAUUGUCCAGGUCCAUUAAUAAACAAAAGUCUUUUCAUUGUGUACAAACCAGUACUGCAGUUAAUGGUAAUAUAAUCAAAUAUACUAAGACACUUCCCUUGCAGGAUCAAAACUAAAACUAAAUAAGGGGAAGGUGACUACAUGACCAGCUAAUUUUACAUUUAAGGAAGUAUGUACAUACAUUCACAGAUGCAGCCAUCAU